UGAGACGUUAAUAAAGAAAUUUUUCUGGGGGUUGUUGUGAAGUUUACCGGGGUUGGGGCGGCAUUGGGCCGGCUUCGUGCCGCGGUGGCCCGGAGGUUGGAUUCCGUCGCUCUGUGCCUCACGCAGCCCUGUUGGGCAGGAGGCCGAAACCCUGGUAGCGGUUCGUGUUGCCCAGAGAUGAGCCCCAGACAAUGGCCAAGAACAAAUUAAGAGGGCAGAAGUCCAGGAAUGUAUUUCACAUAGCCAGCCAAAAAAACUUUAAGGCUAAAAACAAAGCAAAACCAGUUACCACUAAUCUUAAGAAGAUAAACAUUAUGAAUGAUGAAAAAGUUAAGAGAGUGAAUAAAGCUUUUGUAGAUAUACAAAAGGAACUUGCCCACUUCUCAAAAGGCCUUUCUCUUGAACCUGUGCAGAAAGAAUUGAUUCCUCAGCCGCCUCAUGAAAGUGAACCAGUUAAUGUUGAUGAAGCUACAAGAUUAAUGGCUCAAUUGUAAUACAGUGAUGAUAUAUCUAAUUCCUCAAAAAGACCAAUAAAUUAAAUGUUUUAUACAA